GUAUUACCUCAUUUGGGAAGCCUUUGGAAGCAGGAAAAAAAUCCUAACAAAAUGUCGACUUUUCGAAAUCAUUGUCCACAUUUGGAUUCAGUUGGUGAAAUAACAAAAGAAGAUUUGAUACAAAAAUCGCAUGGUACUUGUCAGGAUUGUAAAGUCAGAGGACCAAAUCUUUGGGCAUGCCUGGAGAAUAGAUGUUCAUACGUUGGUUGUGGUGAGUCCCAAGUAGAUCAUAGCACUAUACAUUCUCAGGAGACAAAGCACUAUUUAACUGUGAACCUUACCACUCUUCGAGUAUGGUGUUAUGCUUGCAGCAAAGAAGUGUUUUUGGACAGAAAAUUAGGAACUCAGCCUUCAUUGCCUCACGUAAGACAACCUCAGCAGAUACAAGACAGCAAUAUCCAGGAUUUUAAAAUACCUAGUAAUACAACACUGAAAACUCCCUUGGUUGCUGUAUUUGAUGAUCUGGAUAUAGAAGUAGAAGAAGAAGGUGAACUGAAGGCAAGAGGUCUUACAGGUUUGAAAAAUAUUGGAAAUACUUGUUAUAUGAAUGCAGCUUUACAGGCUCUUUCUAAUUGCCCACCGUUGACACAGUUUUUUCUGGAUUGUGGAGGAUUAGCUAGAACAGAUAAGAAACCAGCAAUUUGUAAAAGUUAUCUCAAACUUAUGACAGAAUUGUGGCAUAAAAGCAGGCCAGGGUCUGUUGUGCCUACUAAUCUGUUUCAAGGAAUUAAAACUGUAAAUCCAACAUUUCGGGGGUAUUCUCAGCAGGAUGCUCAGGAAUUCCUUCGAUGCUUAAUGGAUCUGCUCCAUGAAGAACUGAAAGAGCAGGUCAUGGAAGUAGAGGAGGAUCCUCAAACCAUAACUGCUGAGGAGACCAUGGAAGACGACAAGAGCCAGUCAGACGUAGAUUUCCAGUCCUGUGAAUCUUGCAGCAGCAGUGAUAAAGCAGAAAAUGAAAAUGGCCCCAGAGGCUUUCCUGAGGAUAAUAAUGAAACAACGAUGUUAAUUCAGGACGAGGAGAACAAUUCUGAAAUAUCAAAAGAUUGGCAAAAAGAGAAGAUGUGCAAUAAGAUGAAUAAAGUAAAUUCUGAAGGAGAAUUAGAUAAAGACAGAGACACUGUGUCAGAAACAGUGGACUUGAACAACCAGGAAACUGUCAAAGUGCAAAUACACGGCAGAGCCUCAGAAUAUAUCACUGAUGUCCAUUUGAAUGAACUGUCAACACCACAGAUCCUUCCAUCAAAUGAUGGUAUUAAUCCACGUUUAUCAACAAGCUCUCCUAAAUCAGGCAAUUUGUGGCCAGGAUUGGCGCCCCCACACAAGAAAGCCCAGUCUGCAUCUCCAAAGAGAAAGAAACAGCACAAGAAAUACAGAAGCGUUAUUUCAGACAUAUUUGAUGGAACAAUCAUUAGUUCAGUACAGUGUCUGACUUGUGAUAGGGUGUCUGUAACCCUCGAGACCUUUCAAGAUCUGUCCUUGCCAAUUCCUGGCAAGGAAGACCUUGCUAAGCUGCAUUCGUCAAGUCAUCCAACUUCUAUAGUCAAAGCAGGAUCAUGUGGCGAAGCGUAUGCUCCUCAAGGCUGGAUAGCUUUUUUCAUGGAAUAUGUAAAGAGGUUUGUUGUCUCAUGUGUCCCUAGCUGGUUUUGGGGUCCAGUAGUAACCUUGCAAGAUUGUCUUGCUGCCUUCUUCGCCAGAGAUGAACUAAAAGGUGACAAUAUGUACAGUUGUGAAAAAUGUAAAAAGUUGAGGAAUGGAGUGAAGUUUUGUAAAGUACAGAAGUUUCCUGAGAUUUUAUGUAUCCACCUUAAAAGAUUCAGACAUGAACUGAUGUUUUCCACCAAAAUCAGCACCCAUGUUUCAUUUCCACUGGAAGGCCUGGAUCUUCAGCCAUUCCUUGCUAAGGAUAGUCCGGCUCAGAUUGUGACAUAUGACCUUCUGUCAGUCAUUUGUCAUCAUGGGACUGCAAGUAGUGGACACUAUAUAGCCUAUUGCCGAAACAAUUUAAAUAACCUGUGGUAUGAAUUUGAUGAUCAGAGUGUCACUGAAGUUUCAGAAUCUACAGUACAGAAUGCAGAAGCUUACGUUCUUUUCUAUAGGAAGAGCAGUGAAGAGGCACAAAAAGAGAGACGAAGGAUAUCAAAUUUGUUGAACAUAAUGGAACCAAGUCUCCUUCAGUUUUAUAUUUCUCGACAAUGGCUGAAUAAAUUUAAGACUUUUGCCGAACCUGGCCCUAUUUCAAAUAAUGACUUUCUCUGUAUUCAUGGAGGUGUUCCUCCACGGAAAACUAGUUACAUUGAAGACUUGGUUUUGAUGCUGCCCCAGAACAUUUGGGAUAACCUGUAUAGCAGAUAUGGAGGAGGACCAGCUGUCAACCAUCUGUACAUUUGUCAUACUUGCCAAAUUGAGGCAGAGAAAAUUGAAAAAAGAAGAAAAACUGAACUGGAAAUUUUUAUUCGGCUCAACAGAGCAUUCCAAGAGGAGGACUCCCCAGCUACUUUUUAUUGCAUCAGCAUGCAGUGGUUUAGAGAAUGGGAGAGUUUUGUGAAAGGUAAAGAUGGAGAUCCUCCAGGUCCCAUUGACAACACUAAAAUUGCAGUCACCAAAUGUGGUAACGUGUUGCUCAGGCAAGGAGCAGAUUCUGGUCAAAUUUCUGAAGAAACAUGGAAUUUUCUCCAGUCUAUAUAUGGUGGAGGGCCUGAAGUUAUCCUACGACCUCCAGUUGUUCAUAUUGAUCCUGACACACUACAAGGAGAAGAAAAGAUUGAAGUAGAAACCCGAUCUUUAUAACUUUGAGGCUGUAGAGAGUUCUAAAGAGAAAUCAUUUUCACUUCUUUUGACAAGCACCCAUGCAACAACAUUCCUUAAAGCAUGUUUAUUUUCUUGAUUUUUCAUCUUUUACCACAUUUAUUACUUCUUACUGGGCAUUAUGGAGGAAUAUGUUAAAAUAUGUAAUAUACUAGAAGUUGGUAUAUUUAAUGCUAAAGAGCUUACCGUAAAGUCUUUUGGUGUAAUAUUUUUGAAAGAGAAGGGACAGUUAUGAUCCAUUGGUAAUCAGUAGGUUAUCUUUGACCUUUGUACUACAUGCAGAUCCAUAAUAUCCUUUGUAGUGUUGUACAUACUUUUGCUUUCAAAAAACGUUUUCAUUACCCUAACCCACCAUAACUAAUCAAUCUUUUCAGUUCUCCAGAAACCUCAUUUGAUUGUAUAGUUUGGACAUGGCUUAGUAUAACAAGGAGCCUAUUUGAAAUUCAUAGUAGUAGUCAGAGGAUUGUUAAUUUCCUAAAGCUCAGGAAACAUUAGUGUGUCACUUCGUUUGCACUGCAGCAUAUAAAAUAGCAUAUUAAAAUUUACAAAACGUCUUUUUUGAAUGUAUCAUGGAUGUAUUUAGAUUGAGUGGAAUUUGUUAGCAAGUAUCAGUAACUUAUUGCCGCUUAUAUUUAAAAUGUUAAACUUAAAUUCCUAUAACCCUGAAUAGUAUUCAUUAAUGUUAGUAAAUAAAAAACCUAUAGUUUUAGGCCACUUUUCAUUUUGAGAGCAUGAAGUGUGGAAUCUGUCAAUGAGACUGUUGAUAAAGCUGAAGCCACUUGCAAAAUGGUUUUUUAAUGAGAAAUGCAUAAAGUCUUUUUGAAUAAUAUAGUAUGCACCACUAUUUGCUUGAUUAUGUAAUGUCAAAAGUUUAUAUUCCAAGUGCAGAAACGUAUACUGGAUUACGUUGAGGAUGUUGAGUAACAUUCUUGAUGACUUUGUUUCAGUUCGGGGCAGCUGAUACCAUCUAAAGUGACAUUAAAAAUAGUUCAAUAAAAUGGUUUAAAAAUGGA